AUCGACGAUGAGCCAGCAGGCAGCAUGGCGACGACGCUUAUAAUAACAAAACAAGAAAUGGGAAAUGUUUUGUAUAAUAUGUCAUAAUUUGAUUAUGUGGCAUGAAUUCGUCCGCUGUCCUGGUAUCCUUAUGCGUUAUUCGCAUCGAGAUUUGUGAUCCGGAAUUAGAAGAAACUACUAGUGAACGUAUCAUGGCUGCAAGGAAAAUGAGAGGUUGCAGAGAAUCAAGGGAUAUCAGUGUGGAAACUUACACAAAUAUAACAGAAAACACAUCUCCAUUGUUGUCAAAUCAAAGCACAAGCAAGUCACAUUCAACCUCAAGGUCUAAUUCUGAAGAGACAUCAUUUGCAAAUUCUAAUCAUGCUACUGGUCCAGGAGACAUUAGCUGUGCUGCUUCCAGCACCUCGCCAGAUCAAAUAAGUUUUAUCUCUGGAAAUCCCUUUGUUGAAGUUACAAAAGGCAUUCUUCAUCUUUUUAAGGAAGAUGAAUUGACUGAGAUGCGCUGUGCUGCCGAUCGCAGUCACACUAUCUGUAUACUGUCAGUACCAGCGACAAUGACUUGCCAUGACCUCCUAACUUUCACAGCAGCUUGUCAUCAAAACAUACAACAUUUUAGAAUUCUCAGAGAUGGCAGUCCUAAUCAGUACAUGGCUCUAAUUACCUUUAGAUCAUCAAGCGCAGCAAGCGAGUUCUAUGAAACCUUCAAUGGUGCACCAUACAAUUCUCUGGAACCAGAGGUGGUUUGUCACAUGGUAUUUGUAUCCAGAGUAGAAGUAGGAGAUGAUGGAAUGCCUCUAAGUGGACACACAGAAUUACCAUCAUGUCCCGUUUGUCUGGAAAGAAUGGACGAGAGCGUGGACGGAAUUCUAACAAUAUUGUGCAAUCAUACCUUCCACUCCAGCUGUCUCGUAAAGUGGGGCGAUACAUCCUGUCCGAUUUGUCGAUAUGCACAAACACCUGAGCCAUUGGCUGAUAGCCAUUGCAUGGAAUGUGUUGCAGAUGCCAGCAAUGACGCAUUGUGGAUUUGUUUAAUUUGCGGCCAUGUAGGUUGUUCGCGUUAUCAUCAGGGUCAUGCAUUCGAACAUUACCGCGACACGCAUCAUUGUUACGCGAUGCAACUGGGCAACAAUCGUGUCUGGGAUUACGUAGGUGACAAUUUUGUGCAUCGACUGCUGCAGGACAAAGAUGGUAAAAUGGUGGAAGGUGGUCACUCCGCAGCCAAGAGCGAGGGUGCUGCCGUGGAGGAGAAAGUUGAUUCUGUGCAGCUGGAGUUUACAUAUUUAUUAACAUCACAGUUGGAAACACAACGGCAGUACUUUGAAGAGAGAUUAAAUCGUUCGGAACAACGCUCCAUGGCCGAUAUUAACGAACUGAGGGAUAAGUUGGGGGAAGUGCUCGAAGAAAAUUCGCAAUUCAAGAAGCAAUUUGCGACUCUCACUCGCGACAAGCAAACACUGGAAAAGCGCUUGCAGCAUUCCACUAACAAAUUGGCGCAAGUGCAAGCGGAAUUAACUGAAGAGAAAGAGUUGAGAAAAGCCCUGCAACUGAACCAGGCUUCGUGGCAAACAAAAUACAAGAAAUUGCAAGAUGAACUGUCUGAAUUAAAAACAACUAAAGAAAUCGAGAUCGCUGAUUUGAAGGAACAAAUCCGAGAUCUCAUGUUUUUCCUUGAUGCUCAAAAACAGAUCGAGGAGUCCGCCGAUCGAGACGAAAUUGCCGGCGGUCGUAUUGUCAUUCCUCCGACUUCUAAGAAUGGGAAAUCAUCAGGAUCUCGAGGGCACAAAAGUCACAAGAGGCAUUAAAAUCAUUGAGGUUUGUUGAAAGUUUAAAUUUGAUAUUCAUCUUUGAUCUAUUUAAAGUCUAAUCUUUUUUGUUUAGAUUUGAGAAUUUUUUGUUGAUCUGUAAGAGAAAAAGCGAAAAACAAUAUUUUUGUAAAUGUCAAUCACAAAACUUUUUAAUAUUUCAAAAUAUCAUAAAGGAAAUUCUAAAUUAUCAAACAAUGAGAAAUUACAUGAAUUUUGUCAGCACUGUAUGUC